CAAGAUGGCGGCGCCCAGGUGAAAAUUGACGCGGCAUGGUUUCAGCGUUUGGUUAAAACCUUUCAGAAGAAGUACUCUCCUGCAUUGAAGAUUCCAAGCAGUCAGCUUGUAACCAACAUGGAGGACCCAACACUUAUAUAUCUACAACAACUCAGGGACAAGUUAGAGGCUUUCAAUGAUGUGCCAGGCCCCGCAAGACUUCUCCUACAAUGUCUUCAGAACAACAACUCACCACAGCAAGCCAUCAUGCUGAAAACUCUCGCUGUGGGAGCAAAAUUGAGGGAAGCAGCGUCUGAUGCUACACUACAGUCCCAGGCACUUGUCUGUGUAGAUGUCCUUGUCAGUAUGUACCUACAGUGUACCGUACACUCUUCCCUUCGCGGCACUCUAGUCAGUACGUUACAAGGUUUACCAACUGAGUUAAAAACACAGGCAGUUGAGAAGCUCUCUGUUAAGAUCAAUGGGUUAUUGGUAGUUCCAUCUGUAAGGUUGAGAUACAGUAUAAAUAUUUUGGGUCUAUUGCUAGAAAACUUCUCAUUGGGUGCAGCGGUUGUUGCAAAGAAUCUGCCAUCUGUUCUAAACUUUGUUAAGAAGAGUCUUGAAGUCUUGUUGGUGGAUGCUAAAGAUGCAGAAACAGCAAAGUCUUCUCAGGCAAUGCAGGAUUGCACCACAGUCCUAAAGCUACUGACAGCCCUGCUACAGAAAUGUCAAGCCGACAUCUUGGCUCUGAUUACUACAGACCAUGAUAGUCAUGAGAGCUCCCUACUGGCUGACAUAGCAUGUAUACUGCAUGCCAUCUUGCAGUUUGACUGGGUACUGCAGGCUUGUCACAGCUCAGCUGGCAUUGCCUUACCAGCUACAAUCAGAACUCUAUUGCUAAAUGAUAAUGAAGCAACAGUCAAGGCAAUCUUUGUCCUUCUAUAUCCAAACCAUUCCAGUGAGUUUGUAAAUGAUGCCAAGCUAAAACCUCUCAAAACAUUCCUACAAAGUUGUGGUGACGACAGUCUUCCAAGUUUUUCACAUCUCUGUCUUUGUAAAGGUAUCUUGGCUAAGCUUAGUCCAGAGAUGCUAUCCAUGACACUUGAAACGAGAUGUUUGCUGUUUGACGUAAUCCUCCCAGACAUUCUCAGACUAUGCAACAAACUGUCGGAUUCUACUUCAGUUCUGCAUGGCUCUUAUGCCCUUACAGUUUGGUCAGCUAAGGCUCUGGAACUUGCUAAAAGUCCAAUGGAAGGAAACACACAUAAACAGCUGACACUACCCUCUCCUCCAAUGCAGCAAGUGCUAGGCUAUGUUUGGCAGCAUUGGGAUCACCCAUUGGAUGGUGUUCGACAUCAGUGCCGAGAAAUCUUCAGAAACAUACUGAAGUGUCAUGUAAAGGUUUCUGACAGUCCUGUGGGAGAUGAUUCUGAUUUGUUGGACCUUACUAAGAAGGUUCUCAGUGAGGACUGGCACAAACGUGGAAAAUACGUAGCCCUGUGUUGCCUAACAGAAGAGAUAGGAGCGCAGAAGAUCCUCCAUCUCUGUCCUCAGAUUGUGACUCGACUACUUGUACUAAUGAGUUCUGAAGCCGUGACGGCAUCGGUACAUGCCAAAGAACUGCACGGUAAGCUGUCAAAGUCUCACAAGGAUGAACUCACAAGUCAGUCCCACGUUGACGGCAUUUCUGCCUGGCAAGAGGCAUGGAUAGGUCCGGUAUUGGAUCUUCUGUGUAACACAAGUACAUCGGUGAACAGGCAAACCAUCAGCGACUGCCUUUCCAGCCUUCUAAAGACCUCGCCUGAAAGUAUGGACUUCAUCAUUGGUAGGCUGACAACUGAUGGAGGGAGUUUACUAAAGACAAGUGAUGCCAAGCUUUGUGGACUCGUUGCUUGUCUCAAAACUGCCCACAGUCUUAGAAUGAAGAGCCUACAAAGUCCCUCAAGUGUUACUGAGAUGAUGCUGAAGAAAGCAUUGACGCACAGCAAGGACCAGGUCAGACUCAGCUCUCUCUCAUUACUGUGUGAAUCUCACAAGCAGACUGAUCCAAUCCCAGGACACCGCCUCUCAUUGGUCCUGCAUUUCCUGAAGUACAACUUGAACAGCCAAUCACCAUCCUUCAGACAGCAAACCUGCUCUUCCCUAAAGAAGCUGUUCAUCUGUGUGAGAGACAGCAGCUUUGCUGCACAGCGCAGCCUACGACAGCAAGCAAAGAAGUCAGCCGAUGAAACGUCACAGUCAGAAACAUCUCAGGCUUCAAACCAGCUAAAACAGUACAAAGAGUUUCUUGACAAAGUCUUUGAAAUGCUGUUUCAGGGUAUCGGUGUGGGGGCGUCCUUUGCUAGAAAAGCAACAUGCCUGAGUCUUCUUUCAAUCAUGUUGCAAAAUCUUCUGUACCACACUUCAUCUGAGAGUAUUGCGGAGGUGUUCCCUUUGUCUGACAUGUUCACUCCCCAACAUUUCCAUCUCCUACUAGAGUGCCUUGCUGACACGUAUGAGCCAAACAAACAAUCAGGGCUAGAACUCUUAACCUUGAUCCUUAAUAACACUACAUAUUCUUCUGUUCAUUUGAAGGAAGAUGAUCGGCUCUGUGCUCGUUUGUUCAGGAUCUGUGACACACUGAUGAAAAGUGUGAACCCUCACGACAGUGUCACUGCUGCGUACAUUUUCAGGCUUCUUCUCCACCAUUCUAUGGAUGCUCUACGUGUAAAGGAACUGAAUUCAGAAAUUCCAGAUAUAAUACUCGAGCUGGAAGAUGAUGUAAGCAACACAUUCACUUUGCUAGGAUCCCUAGUCAUGAAACUGAAAAUGUUGGUGGAACGCAGCAAAACAGAUCUGCUUGAAGUCGCAGCAAACUCUCCAAUAUAUGGCAUGAUACACUGUAUCAGGGCUCUAUUGGCUGAUGUAGAUAUGGCGUCAUUGGUUACCAAGUUCGAAUGUGGAAACCACGUUGUGGAUGAGAUAGUUGAUGUCUGUUGCGAGGUGUCCAGUAUCGUAUCACCUAUUGUACAGACAGCUGCGCCGGAGGGGUACGUACCAGAAGGGGCCACUCUCGCUGACGAGGCAGUAACACAGGUGUCCUUGAAGCCAGUCGGGGAAGAAGAUGACAAUACAACGUCUCAGGAACCAUCUUCAGUGUCGUCUCAAGCCUUACUCAUCUGCUGUUGGAGAAGCUUGAUGGAGAUCUCUCUGUUGUUUGGACUGUUUGCUCAGAAAGCUCCGCUGUAUCAAGAUGAUCGUAGACGUUGGAAAGGUCUGUUAUCUGUCCACCAGGUGUUGAUGAUAGGAGACUACUUCACUACUCAACUGCUCGAAGCUCGCCACUUGGGAGCGUUCGAGAAGGGAAAAGACGGCUUCGUAAAACUUUGCCACAGGCUGUGGCGGUCCGAGAAACCAGAGUUGAGAACGCUUCCUAGUGAUUGGUUGACCGAGCUCCUGGCAAGCCUCCGUGACUACAGCGACAGUAGCCUGUGUGCGACCAGGCGUAGCGCCGGUUUGCCGCUGUUCUUCGAGUGCGUGUUGACCACCGAGCCGGAGGAACGUCAACAAGCACAACUCAAGUCCUCAAUGGAGCAGCUUCUCUCACUCACCUCUUCCUUACCACUGCCUACCGACAGCAAACACACUGUUCCUAUUGUACACGCCCUGAACAUCCUCAAAGCUCUGUUUAGGAACACCAAACUCGGCGAGCACAUCUUCCCAUACAUCGUUGACGGCGUCAGAGUGACCAUUCUUGGGUUCGGCUCCGAAGUCUGGGCCAUACGUAACGCGUCCACGCUUCUCUUCAGUAUCCUCAUGACCAGGAUAUUCGGAGUAAAGCGAGGGAAGGAUGAACACGCCAGGAGGAAUUGUAUGUCGGGAAGAGAGUUCUUCGCCAGGUUUCCCUCCCUCCAUCCCUUCCUUCUGGAUCAACUGCAGCUGGCAGUGGAGAGGAUCCAGUCCUGUGAGAGCAGUGUAGAUCUGCACCCAAGCCUGUACCCAGUGUUGAUCUUGUUGGCAAAGUUGUACCCCUCCCCCAUGGACGGAGCCUCUUCAACGCUAAACAUGUCUGCAUUCGUCCCACUGGUACAGAAGUGUGCACACAGUACGGUCAUGAAGACAAGAGCCAUGGCGGCACAGGCACUUCUACCACUCAUCCCAGCUGGACAGGCUGCCUCCAACAUAGGAAAACUCCUGAAACAGAUGGAAGACACCUCGGUAAUCUCUCAGAAUUCCAUCCAUGGAAUCCUGCUGCAAGCCCAAGGGUUGAUCAAGACUUACUGUUGCAAAGACAUUCCCGGCGUAACACAAGAAGAUCUUGAGUCAGAGGUGUACCCUUCCUUACAACGUCUUUCUUGGAUUGGGUCGAAGAUGAAUCCUUGUGCUGUCACAAGGGCACUGUAUAUUGAGACCGUUGAGUUCCUUGUUUUUGACAGCAGCGCAGGAAAAGGCUCUCAACUGUUGCAAGAGCUGUGUACAACUUUAGCAGAGUCGCUUUGCAUAGAGUCUCUGGAUGAUAGUAGUGGUGUGUGUGGUGCUGCUGCCUUGAAUGUCUCCAUUGCCCAGUUUGUUCUGAAGUGGCUACUACAAUCAGGCGACGCAGUCACAAACACUGUUGUCAAUCCAGCAGGACUCCUGCUUAUGCUGCUCACUAGCAAACAUUACGAAGUCCGGCAGAGAGCACUGGAGUUCCUCAACAAGAACAUCGCAGAACAGCAAAACCUUCCAACAGAAAAGGGAAAAUCCGAGGGAACAAACAUGGAUGAAACAGAAACACAGUCCAGUGUAACAAACAAUCAAGAUAUUCAUGAUGAAUUGGUAAAGAGCUCUCAAAGCAGCUCCAAAAGCAUGGACUUAGAAGUAGAUAAAAGACUUCACCCAUUGCUGAGACUGUGCACGGAAGAGGGGGUGUUUCAGCAGCUUGUUGCCAUGAUCUGCCAGACAGAAAGGAACUUGGAGGUCCUCCCUCAUCUGUUAGAGCUGAUGUGCAGUCUGGUACCAUUGAAGCCUUUUCCAUGGGUCAUCACAGCUCCAGCACUCAAACGUACACUCAAGUUGACGUGUAGAGUACUGCUCCAGACCCUGGCCUGUUUUGGUGAGGAAAGCAGCAUGAAGCCAGAGCUCCUGUCAGCUGUAGUCUCUCUGUCUUCUAUCACUGCUAACAUGUUGUACACAUCAUUACAUUCACAGGUUGAGAUGGAUACACUAGUCUCAGAGUGCCUUGCAGAUUGGACAGACCUUAUGCUGGGAUGUUCCCAACCAGGACAGAAUGUGGAGGUUAGACUGGCUGUUGCAAAGGGGCUUACUGUUGUGACCAGUAUGUUAGAGGAUGGAGGUUGCUUGCCGGGUGACCUUGGUUUCACCUUGUGGAGAGCACUGCUUACCUUGCUUCAGGACGAAGAUGAGGUCACAAGACAAACAGCGGCAAGUUCUGUACUGUUGUUAAGCAACAAGAAACAGGAAACAUCAGUAAGCAUCCAGCCAACCCUGGCCCUCCAACAAGCCGUGGAGCUCCUUCCUCAGUCAGCCAACCAGGAGACAUGGCACCCCUGUAUCCUCCUCCUGCAUGACCUUGUGACGGGGAGCCCUGACCUUCAGGAUGUAUUUCCAGAUGGACAGAUUACAACUGAAGUGGUCUUUGAGAAGGGAGAGACCAACACCUAUGAAGAGGGGGUGGAGUUGGCAGGUUUGGCAGCUCAAAGCCUAACCCAGGCAGUAGCAGGCACCCCAUUGGUCGGCACUGAUGUCCAACCCUACCUGCCUAAAACUUCAACAGCUAUUGUACACCAACACUCCUCUUCAAGAUCUUUGAAAGAGUUUCCUAUAGAUGCAUCUCUUAUUGUAGCUCUUAUAGAGAAAGAUGUGUCCUUGCUUCAAGAGUUGUGUAAAAGAUGUAAUUCACUGGAAAAAUCCCCAGUCUUUGUGUACCAUUCCCUGUAUGUGAGGGUGUGUGAAACACUCUUCAGGCUGCUCACAGCUGUUACAGUUCUUCUGAGGUGUCCACAUUUGGAUAGCACAUUUGUCGCUGACACUGUAGCUAAGGUAGUAGGGAUUGUAAACAGUUGUACUGUAUGCCAACAACCUCUACCAAGCCCACUUGUCAAAGAAGCUUUGGUACAUUUGCAAUAUCUGGUUAAGUAAUCUUAUUCAGUGUACAAAAUACUUUUUUUAACCAGGUUGCCCAGUGGGCAACCUACGGCAAAAAUUAGGUUGCCCAUCAGAAUUUUAGGUUGC